UUCUGACCAACGGGAGUUGGCUUAGGUGUGUUGACAUGAGAAGUACCGCCCACAAUGAAGAAAUGCAGCAUGAACAAGCAGAGCAAGAGCAGGACUGUGCAGGUAUAAAGAACACGAGGGGGAAUUCCUGAAAGUAUCUGCCGAAAACACAUAUCUGGUUCAGAAUGGCAACACUUAACGAUACUCUACCAAAAAAUGAAAGUGAGUAUCGUUGUCCUUUAAAAGAAGAAUUCAAGUACAUUCUUCUCCCGGUGAGUUACAGUCUGGUGUUUGUGGUCGGCCUGGGCUUGAACAUCACCGCCAUGUACGUCAUCUUGUUUCGAACCAAACACUGGAAGCCCAGCACCAUCUACAUGAUCAACCUCAACGUCUGUGACACUCUUUACAUCCUCACGCUUCCGUUUCUGAUCUACUAUUAUGCUGAUGAGAACGACUGGCCCUUUGGCGAGCCGAUGUGUAAGCUGAUUCGCUUUCUCUUCUACACGAACCUCUACGGAAGUAUCCUCUUCCUCAGCUGCAUCAGCCUGCACCGAUUUUUAGGCAUCUGCCAUCCGGUUCGCUCUUUGUCCUGGAUGAACGGUCAUCGUGCUCGUUUGGUCUCUGUGGGAAUAUGGGCAAUCAUACUCAUCUUCCAGGCCCCGAUCCUUUAUUUCUCCAGGACGAGACGUAAUGGUGACCUUCUGAUCUGUCACGACACCACCAGCAAAGAGCUCUUCAAUGAUUUUCUGGUCUACAGCUCGGUGGUGAUGUUCCUGCUGUUUGUCCUACCAUUUGGGGUGGUGCUAGUCUGCAACGGGCUGAUGGUGAGGAAACUUCAGGAACCCGGUGUUGGCGAAGGACCAAUGUCACAAUGCUCCAAGCAGAAGUCGGUGAAGAUGAUCAUAAUUGUGCUUCUGGCUUUCAUGUUGUGCUUCCUGCCUUUUCAUGUGAACCGCAGUAUAUACUACACCUUCCGCUACCUGGACCCAAAUAAAUGCAACAUGCUUCAGCUCGCCAACAAUGCCUACAAAGCCACGCGACCUCUGGUCAGUAUCAACAGCUGCAUCGACCCCAUCCUCUACUUCAUGGCAGGGCAGAGCUUCAGAAAAUCCAUCAAGAAUUCUGAUAAAACCCUCUCAACCUUACAGUGAAGAUGAAGAUCUUGGGGGGAAAAAAGCUCGAUAAAAAAAAAAAGAUUUCAAAAGGGGGUUUUCUUCGCGAUGCCACAGAAAAAAAACAUUUUUGGUUCCUCAAAGAAACUUUCAGUGAGGAAUUCUUAAAAGAACCGUUUUUUCCCUCAGUGUAAAGACAUUUUUU